AUGGUAGCCACAGGUUGUUUCGGUCACAGCUUAGGCUUUCGAUCUCUUGCUUGGGUGAGGGAUCCUGAUGUAGCUUGGGUAGAUUGCGAAGUUGUGGAGGCUAAUGGUGAAGACAUUAAGGAUCUUGUGUUAAACAAAUAUGCAGAUGUUGAUGAUUCUUCGACUUUGACUUACACAGGAAAUAUAAUACUUACUGUGAAGCCUUUCAGAAAAUUGCCUCAUUUAUAUGAUAGUCAUAUGAUGACGCAGUACAAAGGGGCAGCCUUCGGUGAACUGAGCCCCCUUCCUUUUUCUGUUGCAGAUGCAGCAUAUAGUGGUGAGAGUGGAGCAGUUACAACAGAAAGCACAAAAUUGCUUAUGUGGUAUCUUGCUUACAUUGUCGAGCAGCAAGUCCCGGAGUCAAAUCCUGUUCUAGAAGCAUUCGUUAAUGCAAAUUCAGUCAAAAACAACAACUCCAGGUUGUUUUGGUCACAGCUUGGCAUUGGAUCUCUUGCGUGGGUGAGGGAUCCUGAUGUAGCUUGGGUAGAUUGCGAAGUUGUGGAGGCUAAUGGUGAAGAAAUUAAGGUUCUUUGCUUCCAGACUUACACAGGAACUAUAAUACUUGCUAUGAAGCCUUUCAUAAAAUUGCCUCAUUUAUAUGAUAGUCAUAUGAUGACACAGUACAAAGGGGCAGCCUUCGGUGAACUGAGCCCCCUUCCUUUUGCUGUUGCAGAUGCAGCAUAUAGUCAGUCAAUUUUGGUUAGUGGUGAGAGUGGAGUAGUUACAACAGAAAGCACGAAAUUGCUUAUGUGGUAUGUUGCUUACAUUGUCAAGCAGCAAGAGCCGGAGUCAAAUCCUGUUCUAGAAGCAUCUGGUAAGGUGAAGACAGUCAGAAACAACAACUCCAGGUGGGAAGAUUUUGCAUUUACAGUGUAA